CAACAACAACAACAACAACAACGAAAAUCUAAAAAACAGUGUAAACAAUUGCAACAACCACAACAACAAAAAUUCAUGCCACAGUGUAAAUGUGCGAAUCAGAAAUGAUCCAUUUGAGAUCUAGAAAAAUGCGUUAAAACGUUAAUAUUAGAUAUCGAUUAGGAAAGUGAGGAAAAGAACUCAAUCGAUAGGCAAAUCCUAGAGAAAUAUCAAGAGGCAAAAUGGAUAUGACAAAGGAUUUGGAGAACUUUGGUAAGACCAUGGAACAGCAACAACAACAACAACUAGAUGAUACCGAAGAACAAUAUGAGGCAAGUGAUUAUACCAUACAUAAUACAGAGAACCAAAAAUCAAAUAGAAGAUCAUCAUCAUCAUCAUCAACGACAAUGUUGGAUGAGCCACGAAUAGAGAAAUCGAAACAGAAACAAAAACCUCAAGAUCAUGAAGAUGAAGAACAGGAGGAGGAGGGGCAGCAGCAGCAACAGCAGCAGGAAAUGCAACAAAUGCAGACAAAUGCCGAUGCCGAAGUAGAUGAGAAAUGGCCCAAGAUAAAGGGGUCAGAGGGAGAUGAAGAGGAACCAAAAAAUAUGAUAAUAAGUGGAGAAGAACAGAAUUCGGCUGCCGGUGCAACAGCCACUCCGGCAAUCAAAAGGGAGGGAUCCAUAAUGGAUUUGGCAUCAGCAGCGCUUACCCCACCACCCAGACCGCUGACCUCUUCCAGUGAAGUGGUUGGGCUAAGUGAACAUCUUAACGAUCCCGAAAUGAGAAUUGAAGUGGAUACCAAAAAGAAAUCCAGAUCCUUGCCAGUCUCACCGCAGCCACAACUUGGCGGUUUGGCAGCCACAGCGGCGGCUCUUUUCGAAUUUGGCCAAUCGACCAAACGCGAGGGCAUCAAACAGAAACUAAUUGCCCCAGUUGCCACACAGCAGAGGCACACACGUCACGGCAUUAUGGGUGGUGCAUCGAAAGGUGGCCCAUUGAAUGCUGCCGGUGGAGUUGGCGGCGAUAAUCAACAGUUCUGUUUGCGUUGGAAUAACUAUCAAUCGAAUUUGACAAAUGUCUUUGAUGAACUGCUACAGAAUGAAUCCUUUGUGGAUGUCACUUUGGCUUGCGAGGGACACUCGAUUAAGGCCCACAAAAUGGUCUUAUCCGCAUGCUCUCCCUAUUUUCAAGCCCUAUUCUAUGAUAAUCCCUGCCAGCAUCCCAUUAUCAUAAUGCGCGACGUUAAUUGGUCCGAUUUGAAGGCUCUGGUGGAAUUUAUGUAUAAGGGUGAAAUAAAUGUGUGCCAGGAUCAAAUAAAUCCUCUAUUAAAAGUGGCCGAAACCCUAAAGAUACGUGGCCUGGCCGAGGUCAGUGCCGGAGCUGGUGCUGGCGGAGCAGGAGGAGCAUCAUCAUCUGCAUCCGCUAUGCAUUUACCCGAACAACGUAUGACCGUCUACGAUGAUGACGAGGAUGAGGAAGAAUUGGCCGCAGCUGCUGCCUUGCUGCGCGGCGAUCAUGACAAUGACGAUGACGAUGAGCUAAUCAAACCGAAGAGAGCCCGACUUUUGGCCAAAUUGCAGCAACAUGUGCAACACAGUGAAAAUGCCUUGGAUCUCAAUCAGCGUAAUCAAAGAAAACGUUCACGAGAUGGACAAUAUGCCACACCCAGUCCCACAGCGAUGCGCAUCGGUUCACCGAGUCAGAUGACAAAUGCAACAGCAGCAUCCGGAGCCGGAGGUAUUGGUGGUGGCCAACAGACAUCGACCAUAGUGCGUAAUCCAUUCGCCUCACCCAAUCCACAGUCGUUGCAAUCGUCGGCUGCCUCAAGCAGCAGCACCAGCAGCCACUUGGCCACCGGUAAUGGCACCAACAGUGCCACCAAUAACUCAUCAUCCCAUUCAUCAACAGCCUCUUCGAAUUCGGCUUAUCAUCGCUCAUCGGCUAGGAGUUGCUCCCCACCACCAUCAGCAAUAUCCAGAGAGUCCCAGAAUGGACCAGCAAAUAUGCUAAAUUCACCCACCCAUUCGGCUGCACAGGCUCCAGCGUUGCCACCACAUAUGGCCGCUGCGGUUGCUGCAGCCGCCCAUCAUCAUGCAGCAAAUGUACCACCACCACCGCCGCCGCCAUCAAGCCAUCAUGGUGCACCACCAAAUGCAUCUGGACCAUCAUCACAGCAUCAGUCGGGUAGUAGCAACAGCAACAGCAACAACAACAACAACAACAACAACAGCAGCAGCAACAGUAACAGUAAUAGCAACAGCAGCAACCAACAACAGCAUCAACAACAUGCUGCAGCUGCUGCAGCAGCUCAACAAUUGGCCGCCCAACAUCAAUUGGCACAUUCGCAUGCCGCCAUGGCCAGUGCUUUGGGUGCUUCAUUGGCAGCCGCUGCUGCCGGUGGUGCCGCUGCUCCCGGUGUGGGUGCAAGUGUUGCGGCAAGUGGCAUUUCAGGCGGCGGUUCAACAUCUUCAACGCAUCACGAUGAUAUGGAAAUCAAACCGGAAAUUGCCGAGAUGAUACGUGAAGAGGAAAGGGCCAAAAUGAUUGAGAGCGGCGGACAUGGCUGGAUGGGCGCUGCUGCUGCUGCAACAGGCACAUCUGUGGCGGCAGAUAGCUAUCAAUAUCAAUUGCAAUCGAUGUGGCAAAAAUGCUGGAACACUAAUCAACAAAAUCUGGUCCAACAAUUGCGUUUUCGUGAACGCGGCCCAUUGAAAUCCUGGCGUCCCGAAGCCAUGGCCGAGGCCAUAUUCAGUGUCCUCAAGGAGGGACUCUCGCUGUCGCAGGCUGCCCGCAAAUAUGAUAUACCCUAUCCGACAUUUGUCCUCUAUGCAAAUCGUGUCCAUAAUAUGCUGGGACCAUCACUCGAUGGCGGCACCGAUCCCAGACCCAAGGCCAGAGGCAGACCACAACGCAUCCUAUUGGGCAUGUGGCCAGAGGAGCUAAUACGAAGCGUUAUUAAGGCUGUUGUCUUUCGGGAUUAUCGGGAGAUCAAAGAGGAUAUUGGUUCCCAUGCCUAUGCCAAUGGACAGGCGCAUGCUUCGCAUUUCGGACCCGUAGCAAAUGCUGCCAAUGGCUAUCAUAGUGCAGCUGCCAAAAUGGCUGCCCAGAAUGCUGCACUGGCUCCGCCAGACGCCAGUAGUCCGCUUAGUUCGAUGACUGAAUCGCUGCGUCGCCAGAUUCUAUCACAGCAACAGCAGCAGCAAUUGUCGCCACAUAACCAAUCGAUGAACAUGUACAAGUCACCGGCGUAUCUGCAGCGUUCCGAGAUCGAGGAUCAAGUCUCGGCAGCGGCGGCUGUGGCAGCAGCGGCCAAGCAUCAGCAGCAGCAGAGCGAUCGACGCGGUGGCUCAGAGAAUUUGCCCGAUUUGAGUGCAUUGGGUCUGAUGGGCUUACCCGGUCUGAAUGUAAUGCCCACCCAAGGACCAGGUGGUCAGCAACGUGGCGGCGGUGGUGGUUCUGGAGGUGGUGGCGGAGGUGGCGGCGGCGGUAACGGCAGCGGUCAUCAAAGUGCGGCCAGCUAUGCCCGCGAAUUGUCCAGAGAGCGUGAAUUGUCGCGCGAACGGGAACUAAAAGAAGCCAUGCAGGCACGUCAAUAUGGCAAUCAAUCGCGUGGCUCGAAUUCCUCAUCGGCAGGCGGUAAGUCGGGGGCCACCUCAUCAGGUCGCCCUGGUGCGGCAGCCUCGCCCUAUUCCUCGUCCAUACACUAUGCCAGCAAGCUGAGUGCCAAAGAGCAUCCAAGCUAUGCGUAUAAUAAGCGUUUCCUGGAAAGUUUGCCCGCCGGCAUCGAUUUCGAGGCCAUUGCCAAUGGCCUGCUACAGAAGUCGGUGAACAAGAGUCCACGUUUCGAGGACUUCUUCCCGGGCCAGGAUAUGAGUGAGCUGUUCGCCAAUACCGAUGCUGGAGCAGCUGCAGCAGCAGCUGCCGCAGCGGCCGCCUAUGCGCCGGCAAAUGUACGCGAAUCGCCGCUUAUGAAAAUAAAAUUGGAGCAGCAACAGGCAGCCGAGAUGCCCCAUGAGGAUUAAAUCGAACGAGGAGGAGCCGAGAGAGAGAGAGAGAGAGAGACGGAGAGAACGAGAGUGAGUGGAAGAGCGUGAAUGUUUCUUGUGAAGAACUUGACGGUAUAUACAAUUUUUGGACUGCUAUUUUAACCCCAACGUGUUUUUUUUUUUGUGUUAGCCAUAAGUGAGAUUAGGUCUUAGGAGAAAGCGUUUUAAGUGCUUAGAUGAAGUUGCUAACUGGUUAGAUUAGGCUUAGUUUUUAAAAAACAAACAAACAAAACAAAGAGUUAAAACGAGAGAGAAA